AUGGCGCGGCCAAUCUUAAUCGAGUUUUAUAGCGAGGCCGUCAGGGAUAAAUUGCUAGCCAAGGCAGAAGCAAUAGCCCAGAUAACGAAGGACAAGUAUGACAUCAGGCCGGAUGAUGUAUCGAGAACUAUGCCCAGAAAACCCAGACCAGGAAACGAAGUUGGUCCCCUAGGUCGUACAAACAGCGAUGCUCAACGCAGGAAGAUUUGUCUUCCUCGACAGAUUCCUCAACCCGUGGAGCGACAACCGGUCACGACCGCUCCGGCGGGAGUAGUUGUUAUAGAAGACUUACUGGAGGGCAAUACCUGGGUAAGCUGCGACCAACCAGACGACGACCUGGUUGGAAACAACAGCAAUGAAUUGAGGGGUAUAGUUCUCGCUACACUCAUUAGAGGAGACUUAGACUUCACAAUCCGUCGGAGAUCCCAGUCAACACCGCCUUUGACUGCAAAAAACUCCGCAUCACCUCGGUUUUAG